AUGGCUUCUGGUGGUAGUCGCACAAUUCGUCGUACCGUUGAACAUGGUGUACGUCAAGUGUCAGGUGCCGAUUUUAGUGGUUCGCCUGCAAAGGCUCUCGCCGUUGCUGCCAUUAAAGAACAACGAGAUAAUGAAAAACAAGAAUUGAUUAAGCUCAACGAUCGCUUUGCUGCCUACAUUGAUCGUGUCAAGUAUUUGGAAGCAACAAAUAAACAACUUCAAGCAAGAUUAGAUGAGUUACGUUCGCGGUGGGGUAUCGAUUCAGAUCGUUUACGUCAAGAAUAUGAGCCGCAAUUGAAUGAUGCACGACGAAAAAUUGAUCAAGCUACGGCUGAUAAAGCGCGAGCUGAAAUCAAAUCGAAACGUGCCGAAUUUGAUGUUUUGAAUUAUAAACGUUUAUGUGACGAUGUACAACAAUGGGCAAAUGCAGAUAAAGCAAAAAUAUCAGCACUAGAAGCAACAUUAAGAGAAAAUCAAGCGGAAUUAGAACAUUUACAUCGUUUAAUGAAUGAUUCAAUGAAUGACAUUGAAAAAUAUCGAAAUGAAAUGAAACAUUUGUAUGAAGAAAUAAGUCGUCUUCUUAUCGAAUUAGACAAUGAAACAAUGGCAAGAAUUAAAAUUGAAAACGAGAAACAAACAUUAGAAGAACAAAUACCAUUUUUAUCAGCUAUACACGAACAAGAAAUGAAUGAAUUAAGAACAUUAUCAUCAGGUAACAUUGGUAUUGAUCCAACCACAUUUUACAAAAAUGAAUUACAACGUGCCAUACGUGAAAUACGUAAUGAUUUUGAGAAUUUAUCACGUGCACAACGUCAAGAAUUAGAAGAAUAUUAUCGAAUUAAAACGGAUGAAAUUGUACAACAAGCACAACGUGCUAAACGUGAACAAGGUACACAACAACAAACGCAAGAAUCAUCAUCAACAAUUCGUACAACGAUAACAGAAACGAAAAAAGAAAUGGCUGAUUUACAAAAUGAUUAUAAUUCAUAUUUAGCUAAAAUGAGUGAUCUUGAAUCAAGAUUAGAAACAUUAAAACGAGAAAAUACGGAUAAUAUUGAUUCACGUGAACGUGAAAUACUAGAACUACGUUCAAAAUUAAAUGAAUUGAUGGCAUCAUAUGAUGAAAUAGCAUCUAAUAAAUCAUCAUUAGAAUUUGAAAUAAAUACCUAUCGUCGUUUACUCGAAAGUGAAGAAGCACAUGCUCAUAAAUUUGGUGAUAAAACACAAAUAUCAACAACACAUAAAGAGUGGAUUCGUAGAGAAACAACCGAAAGUAGUAGUAGACAUGAGAAACAUGUAUCGCCACAACGUCCAAUCAUUCCUCCUGUAAUAGCCGAUUCUACAAAAAUAAGUCAAACAGAAAUGCAAGCAAAAACAACAUUUCAACGAAGUGCCAAAGGUCCAAUAAAUAUUGAUGAAUGUAGUCCGGAUGGUAAAUUUGUUAUAUUAGCAAAUACAUCAAAAAAUAAAGAUAUCGAUUUAACUGGUUGGCGUUUACUACGUAAAGUUGACGAUAAAAAAGAAAUAACAUUUUCAUUACCACCAAAUUUUAAAUUACAAAAUGGUAAAAAUGUUAAAAUUUAUGCAGGUGGUCAUGGACGUGAACGUCCACCAUAUGAUUUAGUUCAUUCGCAAAUUGAUUCAUGGGGAAUCGGUGUUAAUAUUGUUACGAGAUUAUUAAAUGAUCAAAAUGAAGAAAAAGCCACACAUAUACAAAAAACAGUUUAUGCAGCCUAA